AUGAUUGGCGUGUGGUUCGAUCCGCGGAGCGUCACGUACGCGCCCACGCGCAAGUUUGCGUGUGCCGGCGAAUGUAAAGACAGCGAACGACGCGGUCGAGAAAAAAAAAAGUCGAUAAGGAGCCUCCUUCCUGGAACGUUGAGCGCUGUUGUGCGUAAUCUGUUUGCUAAUCAAACACCGUCCUCGCGCUACCACGAUCUCUCGAACUCGCCGCGACUCCGCGUGCGGCCGGCGAGUGAAUCUCCCGCGGGCUCGCUGCUAACGAGCUUUACCGUAGGGAGCGUUUCGCAAGUAAGCACUUGUGAAAAGGGGAACAUCGAGUACCCGUUUCUGUGGGAUUCGAAGCCGGCACGGCACACUACUCCGGCAGACAGGCCCUUCGCGCCGCGUGGGGCGGCGCACAUAUCGAAUGCAUUGACUGGCCGAGUUAUGCAAGAACACGUCGUUAUUCGGACGCACGCUCAAGCGUCCAUAGCUGGAUUACCCCGUGUUCAGUUUGUAUUCGAUUUCCAUCGUCUAUACAAAUGGAACGAUAGAGGUCCCGUCACGCGGGGUAAACGGGCCCAGCCCUACUUCCCUACAUCCCGUUUUGUGGCGACCCUCGGCGGUUUUCUGUCACCCCGCUCCGGGGGAAUCCUCGCAGACGCCGCGUCCGCCGCGGCCAUUAAAACUGCACUUGUUUAUCCACGCAACGGGUCAUUAGCGGAAGAUAUCUAUUGGGAGGGGGAGGAGGACUCAUCCAAUGAGUUCUUGGAGGUUAGGGAGCCGGAGAGCGGCCUCGUGGGCCACUUGCGUCGCCUGAAGAGGCAACUCUUUUGGCCAUUCUCCAGUACCACCGAGGCGCCGGCGGAGUACGAAUCCGCCACCGACGAUAACUACGACGAGCCAAAUGGAAACGAUUUAGACGAAGACGAUGCUAACGAGGGUUCCGGAACACUCAUCAAGCCAGAACUGGACACUAAAGAGAAGACUCUCCGCGUGACCUUCGUGGUGAUGGAACCCUACCUGAAGCAGUACUCCAACAGAGAUUCGGAGCAGUUCCAGAACAUCUCUAGGGGGCUGGCUGAUGCGGUCAACGCCCUCUUCAACGAUCUGCCCGGCACGCAGAGGGCGAACCUCGUCAGGAUACAAUCGAGGCUGUCGGACGAGUUCUCGUGCAAGGUGACCAUGGAAAUCGUCACGUCUGGCUACGAGAACACCAAGGAGAUAGUGAGGAUCCUGCAGGACCACAUAAAGCAGAGGCGGCAUCUCGGCGUCUUCACGGUGGACGACAAAGAGUUCAGCUCCGCGGACAUAACAGAUCCUGGCAACGCUAACCUCGACUGCGCGUCCGACGAGAUGAGGUGCGACGACGGACGCUGCGUCCCAUACUCGGCGUGGUGUAAUGGCGUCGUUGAAUGCGCCGACGGCACUGACGAGGCCUCGUGCUCCGGCCAAGACGAGAAUAGAGUGGACCAAGAGCAGGAGCCGGUCAGGAGGGGGGACGAUGAUGAGCCCGAACCGCCAAUAGGCGAAACGCCAACGGGCGGCGAGGAACGGGGGGCGAGCGCAGACCGGGACAUCGAGGAGGAGGAGAAUGGCGAGGAGGAAACCUGCACCGCCACCUAUCCAUGCAUCAAUUCCAACAUUACCAUCUGCGACAAACAUAGGUGCAACAAGAUAGUCGAUUGCCCCGAAGGCGAAGACGAGCUGGGAUGCAAUGACAUCGACGAAAAUCGCGAUGUCCCCGGAGGUCUGUUUACGGUUGCACCCGACAGCGACAAUGAAGUAGUGCCGGCGACCACGACUGUACAAUCAACGAUUUGCCUCGUGGACGAGUUCCGUUGCGACAACACGAGGUGCAUACCAGUCGGUAGCCGAUGCGACAGACGACCAGACUGCGACGACGGCACCGACGAAGCCGGCUGUCCCCCUGGUUUUUGGUCAUUGACACGC